AUGGAGAAUCUGCCGCCGGGUUACCGCUUCUACCCGACAGAGGAAGAGCUCAUAUCGUUCUAUCUCCACAACAAGCUGCAUGGAACCCGACAAGACCUGGACCGGGUCAUUCCGGAGCUCUACAUAUACGAGUUCAGUCCAUCUGAUCUCCCAGAGUUUGCCGGAGAACCAAGUCGCAUGGACUCAGAACAGUGGUUUUUCUUUAUCCCAAGGCAAGAGAGAGAAGUUCGAGGAGGGAGACCGAACCGGCUCACCACUUCAGGGUACUGGAAGGCCACCGGCUCUCCCGGUUAUGUUUACUCUUCCCAGAACCGAAUCAUUGGAAUGAAGAGGACCAUGGUCUUCUAUCAAGGAAGAGCUCCCACCGGAAGAAAAACCGAAUGGAAAAUGAAUGAAUACAGGGCCAUAGAAGGAGAGGCUUCCUCAUCAAGUGGUGCUGUUCCGAAGUUAAGGCAGGAGUUCAGUUUGUGCCGAGUCUACAAAAAAUCUAAGUGUCCGCGCGCGUUCGACAGAAGGCCAUCAGCAGCUCCAGCUGAGGCGACCACGUCUCAUCAUCAGAACCUUCCAGGGACGGGAAGACCAACCUCCCCGGAGAGCACAUCGUCUGGAGACCAACCAAAUCCCAAUUCUGUAACUGACUCAGGCGAGACCUGGGAUGUGGUUGAAAAUGAGCCUUCAUGGGACUGGGAACACUUGAAUUUGAAUUGGCUUUGA